CUCUCUUCCUCCUCUUCCCUCCUCCCCUUCCUCGGUUCUCACCUCCCUUUCCUUUCUCCCCUCCUCCCUCCGGAGUGGCUACUCUGGCGCCCGCCCCCCGUGCCUGAAGGGCUGGGGCCUCCUCGGGCCGCGGGACGGGGCGGAGUCUGUACAGAUGAGCAUCACCUGUGAGUUUGGUCAGCCGACAUGCACUGAGCGCUUGCCACACGCUGGGCUUUGUGGAUGCAGAGGCGGAUGGAAUACCGGCGUUUACCAUAAUGCUGAGUGUCAUGGGUGCCAGCUACCGUGGCAGGGCAGCGGAACCCAAGACAGUCCAUUUGCAGGAAGCUGGAUCGAAGUGGAAGAGCUGGGACUUGAGCCGGCACCCAUGAUUAUAUUUGCCAGUGCAACAGAUAUAAACAGGCUGCCCAGCUGGAAGAGAGGACACCCACCAGCUAGUGUGGCAUCCAGCACCGAUGCAUCUACUUUCUCCUCUGAAGGUGACUGCAAGGAGACGGACAGGUGCUGCUGCAAACACCAGCAGUGCACGGCGCACAUCAUCCAUCCCUUUGACUACGGCCACUGCAACCUGCACCUACAUGCCAUCAACCACUGCGACUGUGAUGCCAGGGUGAAGGAUGGCUCGGAGAAGUCCAACAGCAGCAGCAGCAGCUCCCGAGACCCAGGCCCAGCCUGCUCCCGCUUGGGCUCUGGCUCUGGCUCUGGCCAAGGCCCUGGUCCUGGUCCAGGCUCGGGUUCUGGCUCAGGCACAACCUGCUGCAACAUCAAGACUCCCUGCUUUGAGCUCAUCCCGGAGGAGGCGUGCGUGGAGCAGAUCUGGUAUGGCUGGUGUCAAAGCUACCGGCCCGUGUCUGUGGCAGUGAUUCACCAUCCCAUACGCCAUGAGUGUCUGGCAGACGACCUAAAUGAAGAGGAUGACAGCAAGCCCCCCAUCCCAACCCAGGUGGGGCCCACCACCACACCUGCUGACACAUGUACUGUCACAGUCACCGGUGUGCCCGACACGCCAGCACCCAUUACCAUCUGGCGCUCAGAGAGCGCCACAGGGAAGAGCCCGGGGGGCAAGGCGACCAAGAAGGUGAAGAAGAAAAAGGAAAAAGACAAAGAGGAGGAGACAACGGAUGAGAAGACAAAGCUGAAGAAAAAACCCAAGAAAGGUAAGCUGACUAAGAAGAAAAGCCCAGUGAAAUCUGAGUGUUCGCCUCCAGAUCUGACUCGAUCUUUAAGCCCAAGAGACUUGGCCAGGAUGUCUGAGUCCAGCCCAGAAAGCCGUGAAGACCUGGAGAGUGAGGACAGUUACAAUGACCGGGGGCAAGGCGAGCCCUCCAGUGAGGACAUGGUGGAGUCGUCAUCACCCAGGAAGAAAGACAGGAAUGGUGCCCAGGCUAAGAAGACUGGGGGAAAGAGCACACAAGCCAGGAAGGUGAACAAAAGGAAAUCCCCCCCUGCAUCCACCCCCACCCUUAGCUGAGGUCAGGGAAGCCAGGGUGAUGAAUAAAUGCCAUCAAGCCGG